UAAAGAAUGAGCUUGCGGUAAAUUCGUCGAGUUGUCAUAUGAUCUACAACAAUCCUUCAUAUUCUGUAUAUAAAUAUUUUUGAAUAUAACAAGUAUAUUUUUGUAAAUUAAUAGAAUCUAUUUCAAUUAAUUUUUCUUUUGAAAUCUUCUGUUGAAGAACAUUUAAAUAAUAAUUUUAAAUUAAAAUACACAACUCCGGUGCAGUGUUGCAUGUGCGCAUGUAGUAAAUCGAUUGUAGAUUCUAUAACGCCACUAUCUGUCGGGUUAUUCUAAUUUUUUUAAUAAAUAUAAAAAAAUUAUCAUGACUUUUUGGAUACCGUUGGAAUCAAAUCCCGAGGUUAUGACGAAGUUCUUACACCAGCUUGGUGUACCAAAAGAAUGGAGUAUUGUGGAUGUUUAUGGAUUGGAACCAGAUUUAUUGGCACUUGUACCUAAGCCAGUCGUUGCUAUUAUUUUACUUUAUCCUUUACAAAAAAAGGUUCAUAAAUUAGAUAGUGAUAACACAUUAGAGGAUAGUGAAGGAAAUGUUAAAGAACAAGAUACUACUAAUUCAGGUCCCAUAGAUCCUUUAGUUUAUUAUAUGAAACAAUACAUUCAUAAUGCAUGUGGUACAAUUGCAUUAAUUCAUAGCGUUGCAAAUAAUCUUGAUACUAUAAAUCUUAAGGAUGGUUUUCUGAAAACCUUUUUAGACAAAUCAAAAAAUCUCUCUUAUUCAGAGAUUGGAGGACUUCUUAUGAAAUCAAAUGAAAUUAGCGUAGCUCAUGAAGAAAUGGCACAUGAAGGUCAAACGGAGGCACCAAGUGAAGAAGCACCAGUAUAUCAUCAUUUUGUGGCAUUUAUACAAAAAAAUGGUGUUUUAUAUGAAUUAGAUGGCCGUAAGGCUGGGCCUAUUACUCAUGGUCCAACUAGUCCAGAGACAUUAUUAGAAGACGCUGCUCGCGUCUGUAAAGAAUAUAUGGCACGUGAUCCAGAGGAGAUGUACUUUACAGUGGUUGCUCUUACUAAUAAUAAUUCAGAAUCAUUUUAACUUUAUAUUUAAUAUACAUUAUACACAUUUCGAAA